GCAGGAACCACAAAUACACCUACUUCUAAUGCAGCAGCACCAGCCGCAAAUCCUUUUGCCAGUUUACUUGGAGGUAUGGGAAGUAUGGGUACUGAAAACAACAACAACAACAACAACAAUAACAAUAUGAACAAUCCUUUCGGUAUGUUCGGUAGUGGAUUUGGUGCUGGAGCGAUGGGUAAUAGUUUUGGUGGAGCACCUGAUGUUAAUAUGAUGAAUCAAAUGAUGCAAAAUCCAGCGUUUACACAAUAUAUGUCUACUUUAUUACAAAACCCUUCUGUAUUGGACUCAAUUAUUGCUAGCAAUCCUCAAUUAUCUGCUAUGGGACCUCAAGUACGUACCAUGUUACAAUCACCUGAAUUCCGUCAAAUGCUUAGCAAUCCUGAAUACCUUCGACAAAUGGCUGCCAUGCAACAAUAUGCUCAAUCUAUGGGAUUUGGUGGUGGUAUUCCCAAUAACAACAAUAAUAAUGAUCAACAACAACAACAACAACAACAACAACCAGCUUUUAAUCCAUUUGCUAUGUUAGGAGGUGGUGCUGGAAUGACGGAUCCUCAAGUACAACAAAAUUUAGCUUCUCUUUUUGGUGGUAUGGGUGGUGUUCCUUCUCAACCGACUGAUACAAGAUCUCCUGAAGAACGAUUUCAAGUUCAAUUACAGCAAUUGAAUGAAAUGGGAUUUUGGGAUGCUGCCAAGAAUAUUCAAGCUUUACAGGCCACAGGUGGAAAUGUCAAUGCUGCUAUUGAAAUGUUAUUUAGUGGAAACCUUUAGAUCCUUUUUUUUUUUUUUUUUACUCCCUUGUUUAGUAUAUAUCAUUUUAUUUUUUUUUAUUUAUUUUAUUUUAUUUUAUACAACCAAUUAUCAUUUUCGUUUGAAUAAAGUUUUUUUU